AUGACUAUAUCUGAGGAUCAUAUAGAGAAAGGUUCUUCUUCGAUUCUGAUAUUUAAGAAUGUUGACAGAGAGGACACCUCAUUAUUUGUUUGUGUUGCAAAAAAUAAAUAUGGAACAGAUCACUCUGAGAUGUGGCUAGUUGUACAGGAACCCCCUGAAGCACCACUCAAUGUACAUGUCAGCAACUAUUCAAGUCGUACAAUAAAUUUGACGUGGGAGCAACCACACACCGGCAACAGUCCAAUUAUUUCAUACAUAAUUCAGUACAAAAACUCAUCAGUCAGCUGGCAGAAAAAUGUACCUCAGAUUGUGGUUAAUGGAGAAAUGAUGAAUGGUUCCAUUAAGGAUCUAAUGCCUGCUCAUGUGUACCAUAUCAGAAUCUUUGCUGAAAAUUCAAUUGGUAUCUCCAACUCAAGUGAAGUAUUAACUGUAACUACACUGGAGGAAGUUCCAGAAGCCCCACCCAGAGAUGUGAGAGUUACAACAAAAAAUUCUGAGGUGCUCAUUGUAACAUGGGAGCCUCCAGAACGUUACCUCCAGCAUGGUGAUGUAAUGGGAUACUACAUUGGCUACAGACUUGCAAAUUCAACAGAUCCAUUUCACUAUGAAACACAUGAAGUGCUCCCUGGAAUGCCACUGCGACAUAUACUGACAAAUCUUAAGAAGUAUACACAGUACACUAUUCUUGUUCAGGCAUAUAAUAGAGUUGGUGCUGGUCCCAGAAGCCAAGAGGUCUCAGCAACAACAGAUGAAGACAAGGUAUUUAUGCCUUCAGAACAUAUUACAAGAGAUCAAAAGGUGGAACUGAGUAAACUUGAUCACUUCUGCAACUACAGCAUAGAAGUUCGAGCCUUCACAAGUAAAGGUGAUGGUGUGGGCAGCCAACCUAUCAUCUGUGCAACACAAGAGGAUGUACCAGGUGAACCGGAAAAUAUGAAGGUAUUGGUGGCAGACUUAAGAACAAUGCUUGUCUCGUGGUUACCACCACUAUACCCUAAUGGAAAAAUCAAGCAGUACAGAAUAUACAUGAGAUCAUUAGAUGGAAUGGCUCUGGACACAGAUCAAUUUGAUAUACCCAGUGAGCAGACAUACUAUACUAUUUCAUACUUGGAGACGCACAACCGAUAUGAGUUCUGGGUAACAGCCUUCACAGCAGUAGGAGAAGGAGCAGAAUCAAGGCAUGUGGUGCAAGCAACAACUGACAAUGCCCCAGCACAAAUUGCUCCAUUUAGCCAGCAUGUUGUUGGAGUUCUACAUGAAGAUUUAAAACUGUCAUGUCUGGCUGUUGGUCAGCCUGCUCCACAAUACUAUUGGAGGAAAAAUGGGAAUUCGAUACUAGAAGACAGCCGUCUCCAGAUUAUCCAGGGAAAGCUGCUUGUCAUCAGUCCCCUUGAAAGAGCUGAUGCUGGGAAUUACUCCUGUUUAGCAGAAAACAUAUUUGGGAGAGACCAAAUUGCCUAUUUUGUUACAAUCCAUGAGAGUCAAAAUAAAGGAAUUCCACUUAUACCAAGCAAGAUAGAAGUAUCUUCAACAACUGCAUCAAGCAUUGCACUUCAGUGGCAGCUUCCACCAGAUGCUGGCCAUGUUCUUGAAGGUCUCUAUCUCUACCACAAGAGAGAAUUUGGCGAAUGGGAAAAGACAAAAUUAAGAGCUCAAGACUCCAGUUUCAUCCUCAAUAACCUGCAGUGUGGCACAAAGUAUUACUUCUACUUACAAACAUUUAAUCAACUAGGGCAAAGUGAACCAACUUCCACUCUUACUGCAUGCACACAAGGUUCAGCACCAGUUGCUCCAAAAAAUUCUGAUCUCAUAAAAGUUAAUUCCAGUUUCAUAUUGUUAAAUUUAACAUCAUGGGAUGAUGGUGGUUGCCACAUAACGUCUAUUGUGAUUGAAUACAAAGUAAAGGAUGAAACCAUGUGGACACUUGUAUCAAACAAUGUCAAAACAGAGCAACUUCAAUUUAUUGUCCUGGAUUUAAAUCCAGGAACUUGGUAUAAUUUACGAGUUACAGCUCAUAACAGUGCUGGCUCAACUGUGGAACACUAUGACUUUGUUACCCUCACACAUUUAGGAGCUACAGUAGCUCCAGAACUCAUAGUAUAUUAUGGAUAUGGAAGAAAAUCUUUUUAUAGUGAGAUGGCAGUAAUAGUUCCUGCUGCCACUGGGAUUACAAUUACAAUUGCUGCUGCUGCUAUCCUAUUCGCCUACUUGAAGAAAAGUCAUACCAUAAUGUCUUCUAAUACAUACAGAGAUAAACAUGAAGAUCCUGAGCAGCUGUCAGACUUGGGCAAGAAAGUGUUGCAGGACAGAGCUGACAGCUCAGACUGUGGAAAAAUGUCUCCAAGCUUGCAAGAACCAGUUUACCUGCCGACUCCAGUGCGUGUCUCUCUUGGAUACAGGCAGGACAUCAGUCCCUAUGCCACCUUUCAGGUUCCAGCACCUGGAGGUCCUGACUGUUCUGACUGUGAAGAGGAUUUAGAGCCACAUGACCGGAAUCAUAAGCUUGCAGACAAGGAUGGAAGCAGCACAGAUUCAACAUACUCCAAAAUUCACAGGAAACUUCAACAUGGAAACGAAACACCUGAGUGGAUACCCUUACAUAAUUUGUACCAAGCACAUAGGUAUUAAUAACACCUGCAACUUUUCAGGCAGCCACUAUCAAGUGUUGUGGAGAAAGUUUUCAGUGUAAGCAAGAUGUUAACAGACAGUGGUAAAGAUGAUGAAGCAAGUUAAACUUACCAAGUGCCUUUUGACUAAAGAAAACACUA